GAAGAUUCGAACAAUUUGCAUUUUGUUCUAAUAGGAAAAUGUCUGGCAAAUUUUAUAUUCUUGGGUUUAUUUGUUUGGUAGUUGGCAUAGCUGUUUAUCAAUAUCGAAAGCAAGCUCCACAAAGUGUUGAAGAAAGGACGGCAAUCGCAUUGAGGAAAAUUAUAGGAAAUCGAGCAAGCAGUUAUAGGAAAAUUGCAGUUGGGUAUGUAUGUAAUUGUAUUUAAAAUAUAAUAUGUUGCUCAAUGCUCAGCUCAUUUGCUCGUCUCGAUUAAUUAGUGCAUUAAGACUGGUUUGUGUGGUUAUAUUGAGAACAAAUUUACUUGCCCUAAAUAAAAAUUUUCUGUGUGUUGGUGUUAUGUACUCAGGUGAAUAUGAUGUUUGUGAUGUUACUCUGAGUGUAUAUCCACACUGGGCAAGCUUGAAAAGUAUGCCUGGCCCAGGCCUUAAAAUAUCGGUCGGUCACGGACAUUGUCCGACCCAUUCGUGAAAUUGUCCGACGUAGAGAGGAAACCACCGGACAUUCUGUCCGACCAAAGUGAAACUGAGGUUUAUUGUUUGUCCGACCCGAGUGUAUUGGCGUCCGGCCUAACUGUAGCUUUGUCCGACGUAAAUCAAAAUGUAUCCUAGCCCACGACUAGAGGCUUGUAAGUUAAAUGGAAAGUCAGAGUACUAUUGUAUAAAAGUUGAACUGGAAAUGUUGUUUUAACGUAGUCAAGCGCGGGGCGGCGAGCGAAAUGGUGAAGUGGAAAACGGACUUAAGUUGUCGAAGUCUUUUUUAAUACUGCUUUUCUGGCAAGCAAGUUAAUUUUGGCUUGAAAAUAAGUAUGAAAGAAACAAAUUAUUUAAUAUAUUUACAACAUUUACCGUUAAUUCAUUUGUGUCAUUCAGACUUAUUUCCGAGUCAAAACUGAACUGAAGGUCACCGGACAUAUGUCCGACCCAAACUCAACGUCACCGGACAUUUUGUCAGACGGCCCUGGAAAAGAUAUUUUAAGGCCUGCUGGCCACGGUGGGAAUCGAACCUACGACCUUUGGAGUACUAGCCCAAUGCUCUGCCAACUGAGCUACGCGGUCAGGUCAGGUCAGUUUGAGUAUGUGAUAUUUCGGAACCGAGUCUAGUUCCUUCGAUUUCCAUGCAGGUUUUUGAACAACACCAAGGAGCCAGUUGCCCAAAAUGUCCAUAUGACAUAUUCAAGGUUUGACUACAUCACAGGUGUUCAUUGUGGGUGAUGUCUAUACAGUCAUAAUCACUUAAUAAUAUCCUAACAAUCACCCUAACUCCCGCCGAACGCCACAUAAAACGUCAUAUUGAUGUUUUUGUCUAACAUGAUAUUAGUCAAAUGUUUACUCCAUUCUGAUUGGCUAAAGACCAUAGAAAAACAACUUUAUUGUUUUACAAACUUGCAGGUUACAAUAUAAAGUUAUAAAGACACUGAGUCGAAAAAAUGGGAAUGAUGAGUUAUGAUCAUCACAUGAUACACAUGAUUUUUAUUUUAUUGGUUAUUACAUCCAGUUCCGGAAAGUACGUCACUUUGGCUAUUGAGCCUCGUUUUCAUGUAUAUGACAUUAGUUAAGAUCUGAUGUCUCAAUCAUGAAGGGUCUAUAGCCAAGGUGACUUACUUUCCAGAAGGGCAUAUUUUCUGCAAUGUCAUAUCAACUGUCAAUGGAGAUAAUUAUUAAUGAGAUAGUGCUGUGCAAACUCCAUUUUUUUUCACCUCCAGCUCGGGCGCCAGCCAAAAAAACUCCGGCUCAACUCCGGUAAUUGACUUCUGCAAAUUCCUUACUGUUCAAGAAAUUACUUCCUUGAAAAUUCCUUUGUUCUAAACUAUGGCGUCAUAUCACCGCCAAUAUUCAUGUAUAUCAUGCUUUCGACAUUGAAGUUAAAUAGGACAUUCAGCACCUACGUGCUUUCGACAUUGAAGAUAAAUCUGACAUUGAACAUGCAGAACAUUCAACAUAUUUUCGACAUUGAAGUUAAAUAGGACAUUCAACACCUACGUGCUUUCGACAUUGAAGAUAAAUCUGGCAUUGAACAUGCAGAACAUUUAACAUAUUUUCGACAUUGAAGUUAAAUAUGACAUUGAACACCUAUGUGUUUUUGACAUUGAAGUUAAACCGGACAUUGAACAUGCCGCGCAUUUAGCACCCAUCACAACUUCAACGUUCAAAAUAUGUUGAAAAAAAUUACCACAUGUUGAAUAUUGGCGGAGUUGAACGAUAGCGUCAAAUCUCCGCCAAUAUUAAUUAAGCUAACACAAGAUAACCCCCCGGCCAAAUUCAUUCGUGUCCAGACCUCUAGAACAUAUCACAUGACGCAAGCCGAGGAUCGAAUUCGCCGCAUCUUGUUGCUGUAUUGGAGGCCGUAUAUUCACCAUAAUAUUCGCGUAUAUUCGCUUGUUUGUCUUAAAUUAAUUGACUUUUAUAGCGCAGAUUGAAUUGCUAGAGACGCAAAAAUUAUAUUUUAAAAAUUCCUAAUAAUCGCAUUAUAAAUAAUCGAUACAUUUUAUUUAGAGUGUAAUUGCAAAAACAAUGCGUGCGUCAAACUGAACUUUUGUUGCGGCAGAAAGGCAGAUGGUUUUCUUUAUAUAUUAAAUCGUGAGGCCAUGUGGUGUAAUUUGAUAGUACUUGUCAAUUUAGCAUAAUUUUGCGCACUUUUCUAAGUUCCGGAUCCGUGAGCCUUUAAUAAUUUUAUUUGUCAUUUACUUAUACAACAAUUCAAAAAAAUCCUACCUGUUUACAAAAUUUUUGUGUUACACACUUAAUAGGUGUCUUCUUACUAAUUCAAUAACUGUUACACAAUAAAGAUUUUUGCUGUCAAUUGCACUAGAAUUAGCGUUUUAAUAAUAGCACAUAAUAGUUUCGUGAGAAAAUUUAUUUAUCUUAUACCAUAAACUUUUGAUUAUGAUUACGGGCUAGUAUAUCGAAUGGUGUGAACGUUAGUAAUGUGACGGGGUCAUAGACGUCGGGCUUAUAUUCGGGGACUUAUAAUCGGAAGUUUAUGGUAUAAGAUAAAUAAAUUUUUUCACGAAACUAUUCUCCUAGUUGAAAAAUUAAAAGGAUGUACUAUUAUUAAAAUGCUAAUUCUAGCUAGUGCAAUUGACAGCAAAAAUCUCUAUUGUGUAACAGUUAUUGAAUUAAUAAGAAGACACCUAUUACGGUAAUUAAGUAUGUAACACAAAAGUUUGUAAACAGUAGGAUUUUUUGUAAACAGUUGUAUAAGUAAAUGACAAAUAAAGUUAAAAAAGGCUCACGGAUCCGGAAAGAAAAGUGCUCAAAAUUAUGCUAAAUUGACAAGUACUAUCACAUUACACCACAACGAUUUAAUAUACUAGGUUACCCACAGGGCAGUAAUGCUGCCUUUGACAGCAAAAGACAAACUACAGGGUGUUGAACGAGUCCUUCAGAAACAUCCUAUUAUUGUUAUCCUAGCCUGCGUAGCGGCUCUCAGAGAAAGUAGACUUUCUCUGAUAGCCGCUACGCAGGCUAUUGUUAUCCUUGUUAACCCAUUUAUUGACAGCACGGCCCUACCACUGACUGAGUAUUAAAAAUCGUCUGGCUUUGGACAGGGUAAAUACUAAAGUCAUUACUGUGAUGAUGGAUUAACAAGAGCCAUUGGCAGAUAGGUUUGUUAACCCAUUUACUGGCAGUACCCUGUACCACCGACGAGUAAAAUUUUCUUUCCGUCCGUCAUUCAUCCGUCCGUCCGGAUCCGCGUUUUAUCCUAACUCGUUUUUAAAACACAAAAGUGCGGUUCGUCAUGAUCAACAUUUUCAAAAGCGACCAAUUAGACCAGGGGUUAAAGGGCAAUGACAAUGACAUGCAGGUGACAUUUAACAUUGCAUCUCACUAAUUAAAAUUUGCGUGUUUACUAAUAAUGUUUAUCAAAGAAAGCAAAAAUAUAUACAAGACAAUCUCACAUGUGAAAUUUUUUCACUUACGUACUGCCUUGUGAUGCAGUACAAGUAUAAACACCAAAUGACAAAGCAUUUGUAAAUACUAAAACAUAAUUAAAUCAUACGGCACAUUCAAGAUUUUAAUAUCGUAUUUCAGCCGCGCGUUUAUACUGCUUGGCGCAUUCGCUGCGUUAUAUUUAUUAUUUAUUUAUAUACACAGAAAAGCAUGUCAUUGUCUUUGCGGACCAUAGGCAAAAAGCAUUCGUCAACCACAUACCAAAUUUAAGCAAUCGUUAAAUCAUAUACAUGUCAUGGAAAGAAUAUGAAAAUAAUGUUGAAUGAAAGCUAGCAUCGCGUAUAAUGUUAAAAGCACCGCACUCGAACCACUGCGUAUAACUGCAAAAGCACCGCGUAUUAUAUAAAUGGUGAAAGCACCGCGUAUAAUGCUGGAACCACAGCGUAUAAUGCGGGAACCACCGCGUAUAAUGGCGAAAGCACCGUGUAUAAUGCCGAAAGCACCGCCGUAUAAUGCUAAAAGCACCCAACAAAAUGCCGUUUGAUCACUUUAAGCCAGCUAUGGCUUUCCAUAAAAGAAGACUAGACCAAAGAUGAAAGAUGAUCACAUUGCCUGUUUGCCUUAUGCUUGACCGCGCUGCACCACGGUUAAAAUUCACUGGUACCGUCAUGCAAUGCGCCAAAUAGAAAAUUUUGAUAUCGACCCACAAAACAAAAUUAGGAUCUGCUGCCUUGCUCGCUCGCUUCAGGCUCGCUCGCUGCGGCAGCAAUAAAGAAAACCAUCUGCCUUUCUGUCGCAGCAAAAGUUCACGUUGACGCACGCAUUGUUUUUGCCAGUACACUCUAAAUAUUAAAAUGUAUCGAUUAUCUAUAAUGCGAUUAUUAGGAAUUUUAAAAUAUAAUCUAAUAAAUAAAAUAAUAUCAAUUUUUAUACAUUUAAUAACAGCUGUUGACUGCAUGUUGUCUCAAUCGCUCAGCAACUUCAAACAGAGCAUCUGCCUGCAUCUCUUGCGGAAAUUAUUGCCUCUCGGUUCAUUCUACCAGAUUUUGCGUUUUUUGCGUCUCUAGCAAUUCAAUCUGCGCUAUAAAAGUCAAUUAAUUUAAGACAAUCAAGCGAAUAUACGCGAAUAUUAUGGUGAAUAUACGGCCUUCAAUACAGCGACAAGAUGUGGCGAAUUCGAUCCUCGGCUUGCGUCAUGUGAUAUGUUCUAGAGGUCUGGACACGAAUGAAUUCGGCCGGGGGGUUAUCUUGUGUUAGCUUAAUUAAUAUUGGCGGAGAUUUGACGCUAUCGUUCAACUCCGCCAAUAUUCAACAUGUGGUAAUUUUUUUCAACAUAUUUUGAACGUUGAAGUUGUGAUGGUUGCUAAAUUCGCGGCAUGUUCAAUGUCCGGUUUAACUUCAAUGUCAAAAACACGUGGGUGUUCAAUGUCAUAUUUAACUUCAAUGUCGAAAAUAUGUUGAAUGUUUUGCAUGUUCAAUGCCAGAUUUAUCUUCAAUGUCGAAAGCACGUAGGUGUUGAAUGUCCUAUUUAACUUCAAUGUCGAAAAUAUGUUGAAUGUUCUGCAUGUUCAAUGUCAGAUUUAUCUUCAAUGUCGAAAGCACGUAGGUGCUGAAUGUCCUAUUUAACUUCAAUGUCGAAAGCAUGAUAUACAUGAAUAUUGGCGGUGAUAUGACGCCAUACUAAACAAAGACAAAGGACUUUGUGAAAGUCUAACUAAUAAUAUCAAGGUAACUUACAGUAGUUACUUUCUAGAAGGACAUAUUUUCUUUGAUAAUCUGACUGUCAAAUAUAGUUAUUAAUUAUUAUUAAUAAGAUAAUUAUUAAUGAAAAUAACAAUGAGUUUGGUAUUGGUAUAUUAUGCUAAUUAUAUGAGUGCAAUUAUGGUAAAAAUAUUUUCAUCAUAAUAAUAAUUAUAAAAGCAUAAAAUUUAAACACAAUAAUAGUAUCACAGCAUAUUAGCUAGCAAAUGUGGUUGUGUGACUAAUACUUAAUACAAUUAUAACUAAGGGACCGGUCAUUAUUUGUGGUAGGGGAUGGCACCGAAGAGAAAUGUUUUUCGUGGCAAAAAUUUUGCUGACCCAACCAUUAAAAAGACAAAAAAUUGAUUACCCAACCUCUCAAAUAUAAAUUGAAAAAUAAUUACCCACUCCUGGCCAAAAACUUUACAAAAGGAUACCAUUCAGUUGUCACACAUGUCUUUUACCACUUCUAUGACAUGAGUUUGAUAACGGCUUGUGAAAUUUUCUGCAGUCUAAAGUUUCAUGUUGUCUGCACAAUCAUGCACUUUCUUUGGAAACACCAUUUGUUUUGUCAAAAUGACCAUAAUGACUGUGAUUCUGAGAGAUAGUGACUCUGAUUGAUUCACGUAUUGUAUUGACAAAUGACUGUUGACAUUGCUUUUCAGUCUCCAAUAUUUCAGUGGGUCAUGCUUUGGAAAUGACAAUAAAUUUUUAUUACCCAACCCUUGAGUUGUUUUGUUUUUCAUUUACCCAACAUUUUACUUACUCAAAAUUUUGAGUACCCAACCUUUUUCUCUUCGGUGCCACCCCCCGCCAUAAAUAAUGACCGGUCCCUAACAGGUUUUUUUCAGGAUUUUCUCUUGGGUCCGUUUUUGCAGAGAAGGUUGAGUUUAGCUGAAUAGCUGGGGGUGUGGGGCAGCUGUGGGAGGCUGACACCUGUACCCAAUAACUGUAGUUGAGACGCAAUGUGUUAAAGCAGACCGCUAUAAACUGGAUAAAGAUGGCAAAUGCGUUGUUUUUCUUGUGUUGUGAAAUGAAUUCCAGCCAUUUUUAUCUGAUUGUUGGGUUUCCAACUGAAAACUAAUUUCCACAAGUUACGAAUUUAACUCAAACAACUUACUGCACUGAAACUUUGGUGAGAAGAUUGAGUUUCAAAACUCAAUUCAAGAUUGAGUUUUUGGGGCCGUUUUACGGUCCUAAAAAAUCCCUGAAAAAACCCCUGAACUAACUAAUAAUAAAAUGGGGGCUAAUUUGACUAACUAUUAAUAUUUUGCAUAAUUACGUACAGCAGAAAUCAUAUGAUGACGUAAAUGGAUUUCUGGAAUGAAAUCUACAUACUACUUAAUAUACAGUAAUGGUACUUUUUAUGUACAUUGAUUUAAUAAUAUGACUAGUUAUCUAAUUCCAUACAAGAUACUGUAUCGGUGACUAAAUUUUUCGAAUGCUACGGUACAGGCGAUAUAACCGCAUUAUUUCAAGGAUAUAUCUAGCUGCAAUCACUGAUAAAUCCUGAAAUGAAGGCAAAUAAUCUUACAACAAACUAAACAAUUAUCAUUUGUUUCAAUUUGGUAAAAAAUGGAAUUUCAUGAGGUGAAAGAUAGAAUUUUCCAUUCCUCUACAAGAACAAAUCUGCAUUUUGAAAGCAGAUAAGUGUAAUUCGUUGAACAAGAGAGUAAGAGACGCGAACUGUUGUCAAAAUGCAUUCACCGAAAGAGUUUCUUGGCGGGAAAAUUUGAACGUACGCAAGAUCGAACACCACGCAUGAAGUCCAACAGAAAACGUCGCCAUCAAACAAAAAGGAUUUUUUUUAAUUGUUUAACAAUCAUAUACUGUAUAAAGAUCGAUGGUAAGGAGAACAGAACAUAAGUCCCUUAUUAAAUCCCACCAAAACAUAACAAGACAAAGAUUACCUUGUACACAUACAAAACCACAGAGGGGUAAAUCCAAAUUAAGAUUUCGAAAACGCACCAAAGUGUAGACUUAUCAACCUGGCUGAAAGCAUAUUAGGGUGUGUAAGUAACUCAGAAGAUUUUAGAGAACAUAAACGACACAACGAAAAGAUACGAAAAGCGUGAUCAACAGUUUAUGCACUGGGUGCGAUAAUUCGCGUACUAGUAUGUACCGGAGGUACGCCAAUAUUACGGCCUGGUACUUAUUUGUUUUCAGCCACGUACCACAUAGGUACGCGGAACUACUGUUAUAUGCGUACUUACACAUGACCUUUCCUAGCCCAAAGUAUUCAAUAUCGUAAUUUAGUUGGUAUAUCGUGUGCCUGAGAUGUCUUGGCAUGAAACAUGAUUGGAAUGAUGGGGCUAUGAAACGUUGGAGUCGAUUGUUUGUAUAUGCAUUUGUGCUUCUUGUUCUAACUCGUAGUUUGAAGAUAUAUACUUUUCAGAAACCUCUACUUUAUGAACUUUAUUUUAAUGACUAAGUAUACAUUGAGUAUUGAGUUUGUACUAGAGCAAGUACGCGGCAAUAAUCAUUAUAUCGGCAAUAAGCAUACCAGUCAGGUACGACUAAAAAUCUUGAAUUAUCGCACCCUGGUUUAUGCCUAUAUAAUAACUUACAGGAUAGAACAUUGCCAUUGGGGAGGCGCAUACUUCAAUAAAUAAAUACAUUAGUGAAAUAGACAAAUUCAUAAAUCGUGUUCGCAGAAACUUUUGCAAGUUUUCUUGCACUUCCGGCAUCGUGUAUCACAGGGCCUAUGAAUGUCGCACGUGGCCGAGAGACCCUGGGAACGAGGAUGCAAUCUUACAAGAGAAGAACGGUGACUCCCAAUUAGGUCUGUAUACCGAGAUGAUGGUUUAGGAGCCUUCUAUAUACAUGCAACUUAAACGGACGGGCAUCUGUCCCAACACGGAAAAAAUUACAAAGAUUUUUAAAACUCUAGGAUUACAAAUAACCAUUCAAGCUAUAACCUUAAAGAAGUGAAUCCCUUUGACGUGACCCUCGACCUAAGAACAGGCACAUAUAAAUCGUAUAGAAAACCUGAGACCACCCAUUUUAGAUCAACACAAGCUCCAACCACCCACCAAACAUCAUUAGACAGCACUGGCGAAAUAUCGGGGAAAUAAUUAGCGAGAUAAAGAAAUAUUUGACAGGCAGCGCCGUGCUACAACGACGCCCUUAAGGCUACCGGGUAUAAGGAAAAAGUCAAGUACGAACCGUAAGCAACAAUCAACCACGGCAACACUAAACGAACACGGAAAAUAAUCUGGUUCAACCCACUUUUCAGUAUGAACGUCAAAACUAACAGCAAAAAUCUUCCUACACCACUGGUAUACAUGUCAUAGACAAACACUCCCCCAGGCCCAGAGCACAAAUUACACAAGGAAUAACUUCAAGGGGUUCAGUUAUAGACUUAUAGUUGCAUGCCCAAUGCAUCCAGUAUAAUUAAUUCCCACAACAGAAAGAUAUUGGAAUGCCAACCUAACAACACGACCCCGGAUUACAACUGCAGAGAUCAAGAUUCCUGUCUCCUUGGAGGAGAAUGCCAAAUCGGUGACAAAGCAUGGGUGACAAAGCAUGGGUGACAAACAACAAAAACUGCGACUUUUCCAGUGGAUUGACAUACAAAAUACACAAAACACACGCAUUAUGUAUGUGCGUGCACCUAAUAUACAAUAUUUCAUAGCAUUGUCUACUUUCCAAACCCUGUUGAAGAUAUAAGAAAUCCAUUAAAUACAUAAUGUUUAUAAGUAAGCCACAAACGAGAGAUCCCAGACGCAUGUAUAGAGAUCCUAUUAACCCUAUCCCGAAAUUAAAAUAAAUCCGGAAUAAAUCACGUAAAAUUAAACAAAAGUUAGAAAGUAACGAAAUACUUCGCCACAAAAUGAAAAUAACGAAGUAAAACGUUACUUCUUAAAACGACUUCGUUCCUUUUACUUUGUUUACAUCCUGACUUCUCAAAAAUAGUACUCAAGUACAGUAACGAAGUACAUUUGCUUCGUUACUUGACACCAUUGAGAACAUGCAGCAUAGCUAAUCACUUUACCGAUAGUCAUGGUGUGGACCAUUCAAGUCUGCAAUUUAUGUUGAUUGAUCAACACCAUGAUGUUAGGAAUCGAGAGAACUUUUGGAUAGGCACUUUACUUACAAACCUUAUAGGGGUUUGAAUGGUAGCUAUGGUUUUGUUCAACAAUUUUGGUAUUAAUUAAUUCAUAUAGACCUAUGCACGUUAGUAAGUAUAAAUAGACAUAUUAUUCUGUAGUUAGACUAUAUUUCUGACGACGAUUGUGGCAUGCAGCCGAAAAUUUAGUUUACAUUUUUAAUAAAAAUGUUACUUUGAGUCGUGGUGGACUGUUUAAUUUGUUCUAUAUAUAUAGGAUAUUACGCGGUUGCGCGGAGAUAUGGAUUUUAUAAUAUGUUCGAGUGGUGAGAUAUCGUUCUUGCCACGAGAACAUAUAAAAUCCAUAUGUUGUCCCUUUCCGUGCAAUGUUCUGUUUAUUAUAUGGAAAUAUGGACUUAUAUUUAUACUGUAUAGUGACACAAAUACGCAACAACUAACCUUUAAAUAAAAACAGUCGAAAACACAACAAUGUCAAUGGCUUUAAUAAAAUUAGCCUAUAUAUAUAUAUAUAUAUAUAUAUAUAUAUAUAUAUAUAUAUAUAUAUAUAUAUAUAUAUAUAUAUAUAUAUAUAUAUAUAUAUAUAUAGUUUAAGAAAUACUUUGUCGUUCAAAACCGAGAAAGCAUAGUUCUUUUUUCUCAGAUAACGGUCAAUGCUUUGGACAAUUGCUCGGAGAGACGACGACUCGUACUCUUUGCCGUUUUGCUUUCGUAUACAGACAAAAUGAAAUUCUUUAUAAUCGGCUGAAGUUCUUUCGGGGGAAUUCCUGUAUCUCUCUGUCCUCAGAACUGUUGUAAAUUGCAUGGAAUUCCUUGAAAAUAGUGAUAUCGCGUAUAUCAUCUUUUUUGUUGUGUUUUCGUUUUCUUGUUUGUCACAAAACUUAAUAAUGUCGUCCUCGCUUAAAGAUGCUGUAAAGUCCGUUCUGCGCAUAUAUUCUGCGCAUCAACACAUUCCAUCAGUGGGGGAGCAACCUUUGGAAUGUUGUUAAUAUUUCGCACUUGUAAAACAGCGAAAAAGACGGGAAAUGUUAUGUCACGUGAUAUAUGGAAAAUACGCCACUCAAGUCCCGGAUGUAGUGGCGUAUGAGUACUGCGAGUGUUUUUACUGUUUUAGUUCCCAACAAAAAACCCUUAUCUAUAUAUAGUAAUAUAAAUAUAUACUGUAUAUUCUACAGCUCACUGGUACAGUACGUAAUUAUAACUCUUUCAGUUAAAACUACCACAUUUCUAUGCUUUAUAGGACAAAUGCAAACAUUGAUUUGAUCAUUUCUGGUGUUGCUUUACUCCGUGAGCUUGGUGUUACCGAACAAGGUGUCGGCAAAGAAUGUAGUGAAGUCAAUUCAUUGGCUGUCUUGGAGGAAUGUUUCUCGUAUUUUAUGGCCAAGGGAGCUGCCGCAGAAAGAGCAAUCACCACUCAGGAGUUAAACGCUGAAAUUGUUGCCGCAACAUCGCGACUAUCAGAUUCACAGGUAACAGGAUACGAUAUGUCAUCAUCCGUAUUGUUGAAAUAGAAAUAAUUUUACCGGUACGUGUUUCUAUAUACAGUUAUAGAAACACGCUUGGGAGUUUGGGAGAACGAGAAAUGACAAAAAAGUCCAAUAUUAUUUUUUCCUAAUCUAUUAAGUCUAUUGAGUCUAUAACUGUCGAUAGGUAUACUAAGAUGAGUUCCUUGUAUCACGUUUAACAUUUUUAUCGUCUAUAUGACACCAGCUUGGUAGAAGAUUGAUUUUUUUAAGAAAUCAGUUUCUGGUCUGGGUUGUAAGACAUGCAGUUAGUUUUCUUCUCAAUUUAUAAUAACUCAUGUGCAUGGUAUUUUUCUAAAUAAGAAUAAAGUGGGAUAGGUAUAAAUAACCUCGUAGUUACAGUUAUGAGCAAGAGUUAUCAGCCUAUCAAGGUAAAUAUCUUUAAGUGAUUCCUACUUUGUUUGAGAGAAAACGUCUACUGUCGGCGUUUUCUGAAUUCAACCCGUAAAUAAGUUUGGCGACUCGUAUAUACAUGUUUUUUUUCCAGUACCAUUGAAUCCAAUUAAUAUUGAUUUGUUAUGAUUUUUUAUACUUUAAUUUUUAAUUAAUUUCAACAAGGCAAUUUUUUCUCCCACACUAUAAAUGUUAGUCAGCGGUGUAAUAAAAAAAAUGAAACUCAAAUAUUUGGUGUGGAAACAAUUAUCGAAACGAAAGUGGAAACACUAUGUUUACCGAUUUCCCGCGUUUUUUCAUAGUUGUUUUCUCACUUUUCUGGCAUUUCUGCAAGAUUUAUUAAUUAAAUUAUCGUGUUCCGUAACUUCCGUUGACCAGUCAGUAGCACGCUGUGGAUUUCAGAAUCAGUGUUAAAAAUGUCGCUUCCUGUUUCUGCAUGUUUUGAGUCUUUUGACGAGAGGAUACAUUAGUAAAAAAAAUUAAGAUGACCAUCGGUUUUGCCGAUUAAUCGGCCGAUGGUGGGUAAAUAUUGGCUGUUAACAAUCGGUAUCGGUAAUCGGCUUUUUUUAGACAUCGGCUCAUCUUUAAAAAACAUAUACUUUAUUCAUGCUCAUUCAAUUAUUAACGUUGCGCAUGCCCUCUGAAGGUCAAAACUCACAAUCGCAAAACCUUGACAUCAUGAUUGUCGUGUUUAUACCUGUUUCUUAAUGGAAGUUGUUUGUUAUUGUAGCAUUUUGCAAAGCACGUCUUUCAAUUCCACGCCCCCGUUCAUACCAGGGGCGGAUUGGCAGUUUCUGGGCCUCAGUCAGGAAUAAAAUCUGGCCCAUGCAUGUAUAUGAGCUGGUGUAUAUAAAAUAAUAAAGAAUAUUUAGUAUUAUAGAUUUGAAAAUACAAUAAAGUCUUUAAAACAAACGAAUCAUAUUGCACACGUCCGUUUGACCACUGUACUAGCUUUGGAUGGCAAACUAAGGGACCGGUCAUUAUUUAUGGCAGGGGUGGGGGCCGAAGAGAAAAGGGUGGGGUAACUGAAAAAUAAUAGUUGCUUUAGGUGGGGUGGCCAAAAAAUCCUUGCAUGCAGAGGUGGAGUAAAAAAAAUAACCUUACUUUAAUCACACACAAUACAAUAUAUACUACAAUCAGUGUUUAAUAUGUGAUUAUUCUAAUUUUUUAAUAAAAUAUUAUUGCUUUCCAAAAUGUUGACAGAAACACCCCCCUCAACCCACCCGUAAAGGGUCAUUUUUAUAUUCAUUUACACACAAAAUCUCCAAAGACUCCAAUUACCAGACAAAAUAUAUACUGCCUAUAUAUAGGGGCUGUUGAAGAUCAAUUAUAUGGUGCAACUGCAAGCCAACCCCAGGGUACCCAAGCUGGCCCAGUUUUGGCAAGAUCCUGCCUUUGUUGUUAUUUCUUACUAAAGUUCACCUUGUGUAUAUAUGUGUAAAGAGCGGACCCAGCUAUAGCUAAGCGAGAUCCCGCCCCUUUAGCCCGAGAUCUUGCUUCAGGAAAAGUGACCUUAAGUCUGUAGCCCCUAACCCCGGGCAUCCAGCAUCACCCCCAUAUAAACAUCCUCUCAUUACAUAUCUCAAAAAGUAUAUGUACAGUCUAUUAAAUUUUCAGGAUUUAAUUUUUGGGCAUCUACACUUGAUACGUACUGCAUAACUAAUAUUUAUAUCCAGUAUGUGCUUGUAAACCAUGUGGACAAUUCAGGUAGCAAAUCAUGAAAUAUGCCCCAUGCCCCUUGUGAAUGUGGAGAAUCAUUCCAAUGGCUAGUUCACAAUAGACUCUAGCCUUUGGCAACUAGCUGUUUUUUCUUUACUAGCAGAUCAUGUAUACAUGGAUAAAAUAAGAGAAAUCUAUUUACCCGUUUUACAGAUUAAUUUAAUUGUGUAUAUAAUCAUACUUGGAAUUCGGGUGAAUAUCUUUAUCUUCACACUGUAUAACAGCAACUUUUUCUCAUUAAUUUACAGUAACUUUCUAAAUUCAGAUAUUCUCACAUGGGACAAAUACUUUAGUAUCGUUGUAUUGUUUACGAAUUAAAAUAUUAAAUUGAUUUCAUAAACUUCAAGAAUUCCUUGGGAAUUCUUAAGGAAUUCCUCUAAAAUUCCGUGAUAUGAUAAUACAUGUGAUUGUCUAUAGUAUUAAAGGAAUAUUAAAGGAAUUUCAGAGGAAAUUUAGAAUUUAGAUAGUUGCAAUCAUGGGUGAGCACAUAUUUUGUGAAACUGUUUCAAAAUAAAAUUGCAUUUUAAUUAAUAAAGAAAUGCAAGAAUGUGAAAGAAACCAAAUUAUAUACAGUGAAACUUUAAAGUGGGAAAGAGAUAGGGUGGUGAAAUACGGUCAGUGUUCUAAAAUAUUGAAGCAUAUGGUUAUUAAUAUAUGUUUUAAUAUGGGACUAGCGUUGCACUAGCUAUCUCGUGAAAAGGGAAUAUAUAGCGUUGAAUACAAACUAUAAAAACCCAUUCAUAUUUCAAUUUUACAAGUAGACAAAUUUUAAGCCUUCAGAUAACUAUAAUUCUUUAUAUAGUACCUUGCUAUUGUAGGGGUAACCCAUAAUAUAAAGGCAUGACUGUUAGUGUUCUUUAAUUAGCCUACUCCACAAGAAAUAAGGGGCAAGGGAUAUUGGUGAACAAGUAUUACCAAUCAAUCCUAUUCCCUUUUAAUUAUAAUGUCCACUGUGGUCAAAGCACCCUAUAAUAAUUAUUAUUUACUCUCUAACAGCAGAUGAUCUUACUCAUCCAGGGCAAUUUUGUACCUUGAUGAGUAAUACGCAUACAAAAUACUAAACUGUUUCAUUACAUAUUUUAUGUCUGAAUCUUUGACAUUGCAACAAAAUAGGUUUGGGUGGGGUAAAAAAAUUUUCUGGCAUUCCACCGGUGGGGUAGCUAGAAAUUUUGUUUCGAAAAAGGUGGGGUAAUGAUUUUUUCCGGCUUCAUUAUACUUUCUCUUCGGCCCCCACCCCUGCCAUAAAUAAUGACCGGUCCCUAAACGUCAAUAAUUUGUUUUUAUUGCAUAUUGUUUUUAGCUGCAGCGUAGUGCCCUUUUCAAUUAAUAUACUGUAGUCAAAUAAUCGCCAGCACUAUAUGAAUAAUUCAAGAUUUUUCUGCGUUAGCGAGGAUCGUAUAUAUAGCCUUGCAUCAUUCAAUUUCCUUUUCGGAAAGAAUAUUUCCUAAGACACGCCGCCAUGUUUUCGGGACAAAUUUUUUGCUAACAAAUUGGUGGUCGGAAAGGGCCAAUCUUGUUCCACGAAUCAUCAUAGCUCAGCGAAAGAAAAUACAGGGUGUAUAAAAAAUUGCAUAGUUCGAAAAUAUUCAUUAAACUGCAAAUUUUGUGCUGUAGUUCGAGUCUGUCCUCCUUUUAGUAAUUCGAUCCAGGCCCCCAAAGCCUAGUCCGCUCCUGAUUCAUACUCGAUUACAUGUGUGCGUCGAUUGUGCUUUUCACGCUUAGUGACCAAGUUUUUGCGGUUUGAAUUUUGACUUUGAGAGGACAACCUUACAAUUCCAUUACCUAGUUUAUACAUCCAAUGACAUUUUCCAACUGAAUAAUUUCUAUUAGCAUUUUCUAGGUGGCAAUGCUGCUUUAGUGGGCUUAAAGUUUACGAAACUGCUUCCGGAAGGACAGGUUAGUAAAUCUGAGUUUUAAUACUUUUUCAGAAACUUCAUCUAUAUAUGAUUAAUACUUUUUGAUGUCCCGUUCGAGGAAUAAAGCCCUAUCAGUACGUAUGCUCAUAUAUGGUGAACUUGAAAUAUUUUUUCGCUUCUCAGAGAACUGCUAUUUCCCAGAAGUUGAGCUGUAAGUUUUCGCUAGGCAAAGUUAUUCUAUCAAAAUUUGUCAACACAUAUACUUCGUUUCUUCGUAAUACUUCUCUGUGAAAAAUAGGUACGCGACGCGUACAUGUAUCUGCGAAAAAACUUGAUUUACAUUUUGUAUUUUCUUGAAAGAAACUGAAUAAUGAAGAUGACAUGGGACAAUUGAAAUAUUUCAUCACUUAUUAUAAUAGCAGAUAAGAUUUAAAACAGGGCUGUACACAGCGGAGAGGGAGGCAGGGCAAGUGCUCCCCCCCCCCUCCCACCCCCGCACCGAGAAAAUUUAACUAACUUUAUAAUGUGAUUAUGAUUGUAACAGAUAAUUAUGCAGUCAAGAAAUAAAAAUUUCAUGCAAACAAUAUUCAAAGUGUCUAUACAGCCGGCUAUUUAGUAAACUGUCACCUGUCAAUUCAAUCCAUAAUCAUCAAAUUUUCAAAACUUUAUUGUAAUCAUAUGUAGCAAAAGUUAUGUCACUUGUUGUUUACACUUGCUAAUGUUAACUGUUGAGUAACAUACACAAAAUAUUUGGUGAACAUGUCGAAGACCACUGAAUAAUUGAGAAUGUUUUGAAGGUCAUGAGUGAAGUAUAUAAUUAAAUUCCAGUUCUGUGCACAGUUAAUGAUAUACCACACUGUUCGGUUUAACACAUACAGCACAUUCACACAAAAACAAUUGUGUUGUGGGAGAUUAUCGGUUUGAGUAGGUAUCACAAGUUUAGUUUUGUACAUUGUGUGCCAUUGAUCAAAUCCACCAUAUAAGAUAUGAUUAUUCAUUGUAGCUGUUAAGUUAUUUUCCAUACUAUAUAAUGAAUUUAGGUAAGAUUGUCUUGCAAGUUGGUUGUUCUGACAAAAUAUCCAGCCAAUAUCCAGUACAUUUAUUCUUCAUUCUUGUAUUAAUCUCUAAAGAAAAGUAUUUAUGUUAGAAAGCAAAAUGACAAUGUAAUGAUCGAGGCUCGGGAGGGUGAAGAUUCUUUUAUUUGAAAAUGUUUGUAAAAAUUUUGUUUAAUUAACUCUAAUGUGUAAAACCAAAUAAAAUGUAUAAGUAUUUUAACUGAUAACAUCUUCAACCUUUGCUCUAACACUACAUUUGAUGACAGCUUUAUAGUUGGACUGAUGUUUUGAACAGAGUUACUGAGUCAAUAUACAGAAAUACAGGACCAGGAUUUAAUUCAAUAUCUCCUGAGAACUGUCCAAUAGGUUCCUUUGAUACUGUUAAUUGGCAAUAUUGCCUGCUAUGUUUUCACUGUUUAAAAUAUUACCGAAGUCACAGAAGGAUUGUUUUUAAUGCUGUAUAAAUCUUUUUGUGAACUGUGUUGACAAAUGGCUUAAAAUAUCCUCGAAAAUAUCCAAUAUUUUAUACAGUGUAAUAUAUUAAUAAAAAAAUUCCAGAGUGCAUUCCAUGUAAACGCUACGCCGAAGAUACGGCAAUAUUAACUAUAGAUAGUAUAGUAAAUAUUUGCCGAACUGGCGAACUCAUGGAUUAUAAAAUAUGUGGGACAUAUAUAUUUGCCCAAAUUUGGUAUUUAAAUAUAUAAUAUGUGGUAUUUGACUACUUACCAGAUGAGGAUAAGACUCCAUGUUGAUAAAUAACUUCGGAAUAAUAUCGCAAGUAGAAUGGCGAGAAAACAAGACAGCCAAUUCAAGAUAAAUUGAUAAAAAUAUCAAGAUAUUUUUGAAAGAAUAACACGAUUUAUACACGAGGCCUGGCGAGGCUAAAGUAUACCCCCGUUCGCAGGUUAGAUGCGAGCACGAUGUAAACAAUUGAUGUAAACUAAUCGCUGAUUCGCUUAAAUUGGCUUAAAUUAUAUAAGCUCGUCGCAGAAUGGCUAUGUGUUAACAUACGGUAACAGUAACAUUAACAGCACGUUUGCGAUAGCAAUAUAUCUGCUUCGCAGAUACAAAAAUGUUACGGGUGCUGAAGCAUCCCAAUUCAAGAGUAUGCGCUUUAGAAACCACUACAUUUUUUUUGCAUUUCCUGUUCCGUGUAUCCCAGGGCCUAUUAAGGUCGCGCGCGGCUGAGAGGCCCUGGGAACGAGGAUGGACUAUAUUCAACUAUUUUUAUUCCACCUAAUAUGAUCAGAGUUGGUGGGAAGAUAUUACACUCAGCUUAAAAUUUCCUGGUUAACAUAGAGAUGACACUAUUUGGGUCAAAUUGCUAUUUCUGGUUAAUUUUCUUGGUUAUUUUAUCGUAUGAUUAUUUUAUAGUGUGGUUAUUUUAUAGUGUGGUUAGAGUAAUGGGAAAUCUGGUUCUAUUUGACCUACAUUUCCAGGUUCUAUUAAUUAAACAGUUUCGUGUAUAGAUAACCUGGGGCCGGUUCAAAGCUGGGUUGGUUUAACCCUAAGUUAACCUAAAAUUCAAAGCAAACUUCCUGACAGCUUGUCUAUAAAUUUGGAAAUAUUUCUUCAGAAAUCUUGUCAGGAUCGGUAGGGGUUUACUUCUCUGAAGUUUUAAAAUAAACAGACGUGCAGAAAUACACAAACUAAAACAGCAGGUUAAAUUUUAACCCAGGGUUAGUGCUAAUCCACCCUUGAGCAACCGGCCCCAGGGCCCCAGUUAUCUAUACACCUAAGACGGUGUUGAUGGGGUAUAUCGUGAAUCGUGAUUCACUCAAUUGCGGUUACCGUCAGUCGUGAAAACACUAAACAUUUACCGUGAAGCGUGAGGAAAAAAGUACUGUUUAUCGUUUCAGAACACUUUUCAAAGAUUUACCGUUGAAAUACCAAAGUGUUACCGUAUUGUUACCGUUAAAAUAUCAAAAUUUUUACUGUUUACUGAUUUUCAGGACGUCCUGGUCAAAUACAACCAGAUUUCUGGUCGAAUUUACCAGACUAUGAUAGGAAGUGACAUGGUCAGUUCUAAUAUACUGCCCUUAAAUUCUCUUGACCUUCGAACGCGAUGUCACUGCAUGUCAUGGUUAUUUUAGUGCUGUAUGAAUAAUUAACAAUUAUUCACCGAAGUGAAGGUGAAUAUAGUGCAAGGAUAUUCACCGAAACGCAAAGCUUUGAGAUGAAUAUCCUUGCACUAUUCACCGACACUAGGGUGAAUAAUUGUUUUAGCAUAAUAAGCAUACCGUAUUUACUCGUUUGAGCGCCGCGGCGCUCUUUAAAUUUUCAGAGCUUCAGAUUUUCAGAGCUCAUUCGGGGGCGGCGCUCUUUAAAAAAUCUUUUAUUUGUGAAUUAUAAGAAUUUUUAACAAUAAAAUAAACAAGUUUAAAAUGUCUUUGUCACUAAAUGUCCCCAUUUUGACGGCGGAACGUUUUUACACUGUUUACAAGUUUACAAAAUAUCAAUGUCACUGUCCUCUUCAUGAUCCGAGUCCAACUGCUGCAUCGUAACCAUUGUUGGAUAUGCCUCCUUGACAUCACAAGACGUAAAUUCGUCGCAUUGAAAGGGACUCGAUUAAGCGCCGCAUUUGAAAAUAUUUAGCGCGGCGCUCAUUCGGGGGCGGCGCUCUUUAAGAAAAUUUGAUCUCAAAUGCGGCGGUCAAUCGGAGGCGGCGCUCAAUCGAGUAAAUACGGUAUACCAUAAAACAAAAAUGACCAAUAAACAACGAGAAUAUUUUUUAAACAAUCUGUAUUUCAUGCAGCUCCCGUAAUAGUUGUAAACAAAACAGUAUUUCAAACUUUUAGUAAUUUUAUUAAUUAGAAAUAGCUUAAAAGAAUACCUCUACACACUGUUAAACAACAUUUUGUGGCUUUCUUCGUGUUUGGCGAAACCGCAACUUCGUUUAGUACAAAAACGUAGCUAAAUUGCGCAAUCCUGAGCCCACGAUGCCGCAAUGGAAUGUCACACUUGCGACAACCAAAAAAAAAUCCCCGAAAAGCCAAGGGCAUUCUAUGACACUGGCUGCGGCCAGUGUAAUAAGUUUUUGUAUAGUUUAUAUAUUCUUGAUGUGUGUGGUGAUUGUCCCCAAACAUUUUUGUAUAUAUCCUCCUCCCCUAGGGCUAGGGUUUAUAGAUAAAAUUCCCAUGUAUAACAAAACUUUAUUUGGCUUUUCACGCCCCUUAAAUUAAACUCCCCGUCUCUUUAUACAUGCACUACAUGUAGAAUUAGUUUACUGUAUAUAGAUAUAAAAACAGUUUAUUAAUUGCUUCCAGGUGAUGUUGUGUGGUCCAGUCGGUCCAAAAUUGAAGACCUUACUUCCGGAAGGAAUGCUUAUUCCCAAAAGUUGUGAGAUGAGCGGAGAUGAGAACCAUUUAAUCUUGGAAUAUCAACGACAUGAGAAAUGGGGAAAUAUUGAAGCGCCUGUUGCUAAUAGAUUUAUAAUGUCUCAUGAUGUUGCUAAUUCUGCUCUGAGUACACUAGAAUCUUUUAUUGGUAAGUACAUGUACUGCCUGUGACUUGUAGUUCCAGGCUUUUAGAUAGGAUGUCAAAACUGCCCAUCCGGCAAAAAUUCCCGUCGGUGUCACGACCUAUUUUUGUGGACGUGGUCAAAAUUUUAUAUUUUGUUCGAAAAGCAUACGCAUGGCGCUUGAAUUCAAUUGUCAUAAUCCAGAGCGUUUUUAGGCAAAACUAUCAAAAGUAUGCAUGUAAUAUCCAAAAAGGUAAGCUGACAACUUUUGGGGUAUUAAAAAUAGCAAAGUUUGUAAGUUAAAGAAUAUUUGUUUUGGCCGUCCAUGGCAGUCUAUUAAAUUAAAAGUGGCCAUCUAAAAUUUUAUAUAUAAACAUAUUUAAUAAUAGUGUUUGUCCCAAGAGCACAAUGGCUCAUCAAGGGGACUCACACCCAAAUAUUUAAAAUCUGUAUAUACAGUAUACAGUAGCUAUGAGGGUACAAAGAUUUACGAAAAAAACACAAACAACAAACAAAAUUAAAGACUAGGACAACAGGAGCAGUAUGGUGCAUGAUAGAUAGAUAGAUAGAUAGAUAGUGUAUUUAAAAUUCACCUUGCAGCUGAACAGCUGAAUUGCGUGAUUUACAAGAGUAUAUAAAACAUUAUUUAAAAGAUAGAAUAUGGGUUAAUUAGGCAUAUUUACAAAUGGUCAUUAAAACGCUUAGUACUAAAAAUUACAUUAACUUCAGUUACUAGACAUAGGAAUACAGAAAAUCCGCCUGUAUUCAAAAUAAGAUUCUGCACUUCAUGAGAAAUAUUACGAUUGGAAACACAAUCGAAACCACUUAUCCCAUUCAACAAAAUUUUAACUUUUUUCUUGUUGUUACGGCCAGCGAGCACCAUACGUUCCAUCUAAAGUACGGUUGGACGGCCACCUAGAGCUGGUUAUAUAAAAAAUAUCGUUAAUAGUGUGAAAGUUAACCAAUCAAAAUCACGUAUUUUAGACUUAACAACUAUUUAACUAUAAAGUAGUGGCUAAAAAUAGUUUUAUACAACAGGAGCUGGUUGUGCGAAGGCUUUCCUACGUCGCUCGUUAAGUGGUAUUAAGUUUGCUUUUUCCAAUCGUUCACUGUAUGACAGCCCGGGAAAAAUUAUUGAUGUUACUCUCCUUUGAACACGUCCUAUUGCUUCGCCGAGGCAGAUACUGUAGGUAAAGUAAAGUGAAACACUUGAGAAUUCGCAUAAACGGAAAAGGUUUAUGAUUUCCUUCGAAGAUACCUUUGCACGCUUUAAUUGAACAAUAAAGUAAAUUUGCUUAUUGGCCUUUUCAAUAAUAUCUGUAACAUGUUUGGACCACUUUAGAUCAUCACUGAUAGUAAGCCUAAGAGUCUUCGCAUGGCGAACCAAGUUUGAACAUCCGGUGUUUAACUGAUCACUAGGGAACGGUGUUCUGGUUUUAUGGAACUGGAUUAACAGUUCUUUACAUUUCUGAUCGUGUUGGAAUUUGUUUUGAUCAGUCCAUGUUACGAGUUCAUUGGCUCCUAAAUUAAGUUGACUGGGUUCAUUCUUUGGAACGACUUCAGAGGCCGUCGUGUCAUCUAUACAUUUCCAAUAGCUAAAGUUUGACAGUUUUAGGUCGUUUAUCAUAAGGAUAAAGAGCCACGGUCCCAGCUUGGUCCCUUGUGGAACAGCGCAUGACUAUAAGCUAUAUAUUGAUUCUGUUCCAUUCUUUUUCAGAGGAAACAAUUGCGUUCAAGCCUGAUCUCAUCGUGGUUUCUGGCUUCCACUUGCUUGACAGUCAAGAUGAGCAAUUUUGGAAAAAAAGAAUCACAGACGCAGCCGUUGGUUUUUCCCGGCUCCCUCACUCGGUUCCAGUACACUUAGAGCUCGCCAGUAUGAGCCAUUGCUCUGUUAUGAUGGCUAUUGUCGAGCAGUUGUUUCGUCUUGUGAACUCUAUUGGUCUGAAUGAACAAGAGUUAGCUUUUAUAUCGAAAUGUGUGGGAGGAAUACAUUCCGACAUGACAACAGUGAAGAAGGAAGAUGAAAUAGGUACGACUGGGCUUAGACUGCUCACUAACAUUUUAUGGAUUUGCAAAUGAACCCAUAACCUUUUUUACUAACGGUGGUAAUCAUUUUAUGAUUGGUUAAGGCAGGGGCUUAGCGCGCAAUCGGGCGUCCAAACUUGUGAUUUGGUUUACAAACUCACGUUUCACUCGGCAGUUAAUCUCUUUAGAUGGUGUAAGGACUCUGGUAAAAGUUUGCGUAUUAUCACUUUACACUUUUGAGAACGAAAUCACACAGACAAGAUUCAAAACUUGCUCAGUAAAUUCACAUCCCGGUAUUAGCCAAAUAAGCUAUAUUAUUUGGAAUUGCCAAUGAUCAAUGUACUGUAGAUAACAAAAGUUAUUGAACAAUUGCAGAAAGUAAUGAAUAAAAACAGGAAAAAACAACAUGAACGAACGGCAAAAGUUUUUGUGCAAAAAGAUAUGGCAUUUUAUCUGAACUUUAGGUAGAUGAGUUUUCUAAUAUUGUUAUGCUAUUAUUGUCAUAUUUUAAACCGUUUUCACUGCUUUUUUGAGAACAAACGUUGUUUUGUGCGACAAAUCUUUUUUUGACGAAGCAGUUUGUUAAUGAAAAUGCAAUGUAUAAUAGAACAGUUGUUGAAUUUGGUUUUUGUGAUACCCGGACCUUCAAUUAGCUUUUGGUAAGUGUUAUGAUAUUACUAACCUUGAUCUUGCUAUAAUUCUAGGUAAUAAUGUAUACGAUUAUGAUUAGCAUUUCUAUAGCGCAAAUUUACAUGUGCAUAAUUAUAUAUGAUCAAAUGGGCUUUUAUUACAUACAUGCAGUAUUACGCUUACCUAAUGGACCAUUUGCAUUAUAGAAUAAAUUUUGAUCUAAACAAAAAUUUCACCACAGCUUGAAAGAGCAUCACAAAAUUAGUAAUAUGCCAAAGUUUCGUUGCGAAAUGUUGUAAAAUGCGGAUAAUAUAGCCUUGCGAAUUUUGCAAUUUUCAGUCAUUUUAGAUUACAAACGGGAAAUUGAUGCCCCAUGCACACCCGAUUGGGCUGUCAAUUGACCAUUUGCGUAAUAGACUAAAUUUUGAUAUUGACAAAAAUUUCAUCAUAGCUUGAAAGAGCAUCACAAAAUUAGUAAUAUUCCGAAGUUUCGUUGCGAAAUGUUGUAAAAUGCGGAAAAUAUAGCCUUGCGAAAUUUGUGAUUUUCAGUAAUUUUAGAUUACAAACGGGAAAUUGUGAUAUUGCAGUACUUUCUUAACCAUAUUUAUCCUAACCCACUCUGUCAACUUUCCCUGUGGGAGGAAACCGGAGCACCCGGAGAAAACCCACGACUUUCGGCAGAGCGUUGACUGACUCUUUUCACAUGAAUCCGUGGUGAGAAUCGAACCCACGAUCCCUGAGGUGAAAGGCGCUUGCUCUGAGGACUGCGCCACCGAAGGCCCAACGUCACAGAAUCCUUAUCCAAACCCCAUCCUCAACUGUUUAUGGUAUUGCGUUGGAUUAACAAACCAAAAUUGUGGGUCAAGCAGUUUUCUUCAGCUUGCGUUGCAGCCACUGCAGAUAGCGUCAUCUAUCAUGCAUAAGAUCACACAAAACUAAAUUUUAAUUUUGUUCUUUAGGCUUCUACAGUGACAUCGCCAGUUGGAUACUUCAGGAAUAUGGCAAACAUGGUCGCUUGUCAGAAAAGUCAAGAUUAACCCGUGUACAUUUUCAUUGUUUGUACGUUCAUAUCCUUGUUGUUUUACCACAACACUGGAGCUCAAAUGAAGCAAGUGUUAGCAAAGGAUCGUGGACAGCUUUCUCACAGGCGUGUGAUACAGAGAUUGCCAGUAGUGACAAAGCUGAAAUACGAAUUCCAAGUGAAUUUAAUGUUUCCUUGUUAUCACCAAAUACCGUUCAGUUUGACUCGGAUAACCCUAUAUCAGUAGUACCCAAUGACAAUAUUAAGUUAUACAUUAGCCCAGUAUUAGUGUGUAAACGACCGUUAAAGACUGUAGGUUUAGGUGACGCUAUUUCAGCGUCUGGUCUUUUGUAUAAUGUAUUUAAUGAGUAGCUUUCACUGCUCUGAAAACUGUGACUGGAUCGUGCAUUUGCCAUGCAUACCAUUCUCGUCCCCAGAGCCAUUUUCACUCGGUCACUCGUUGAAAAUUAGGCUCUGGGUUAGAUGACUAAAGGGAGAGAUCUGAUUGGCUUCUCAGAGAACUGC